CAUUUUGGUUUUGUUCCCGUCUGCAGUCGCAAAGCCAGCAACGCAAUUACAUAGAAGAGACUCGCAGCACAACGACAUAGUGACUCGACAAUAUAGUGCAGACACAUCCUAAUCCCCCCCAACCGCGUUUCUUUCCUCGGUCCCGGUCGUCGAAUUUCCAGUCAUCGUUCUCAUUGACGUCUACACACUGCGGGAGAGGAGCGGGUUCGCAUUGGGAAGGGACCGAGAAGGAUUAUUGAUGUCCAGCUCGCCGCUGUCCAAGAAGCGUCGCUUGUCAGGAACAGAGACGAAGACGGGAUCCAACUGCUCCUCCUCUAACUCUGUCAGAACUGAUCUGUCCCACACACCUGCCAACGGCAUGGCUAAGAAUGGCAAUGAUGCUGAGAUUGAUGAAGGCCUGUACUCCAGACAACUCUAUGUGUUGGGCCAUGAGGCUAUGAAGCGCAUGCAGAUCUCCAAUGUCCUCAUCUCUGGAAUGAGAGGUCUUGGAGUCGAGAUCGCCAAGAAUGUCAUCCUGGGCGGAGUUCGGAGUGUCACAGUGCACGACCAGGGAGUUGCCGAAUGGAGAGACCUUUCCUCUCAGUUUUACAUCCGAGAGGAGGACCUGGGGAAGAACAGGGCCGAGGUGAGUCAGCCUCGUUUGGCUGAACUCAACAACUACGUCCCUGUGACCGCCUACACUGGAGCCCUGACUGAAGACUACUUGACCAAGUUCCAGGUUGUCGUGCUCACCAACUCGACUCUGGAUGAGCAGCAGCAUGUGGGGGAUUUCUGCCACAGCAAAGGCAUCAAGCUGAUCGUCGCUGACACGCGUGGUCUGUUUGGCCAGCUCUUCUGUGACUUUGGUGAUGAGAUGGUGGUGUAUGACACCAAUGGAGAGCAGCCACUGAGUGCCAUGAUUUCCAUGAUCACAAAGGACAGUGCCGGUGUGGUGACGUGUCUGGAUGAGGCCCGUCAUGGAUUUGAGAGCGGGGACUACGUCACCUUCACUGAGGUUCAGGGGAUGACGGAGCUGAACGGCUGCCAGCCUGUGGAGAUUAAAGUUCUUGGUCCCUACACUUUCAGCAUCUGCGACACAUCUGGCUUCACCGAUUAUGUUCGAGGAGGAAUUGUCUCCCAGGUUAAGAUGCCCAAGAAGGUCUCUUUUAAAUCCUUCUCCUCCUCCAUGGCUGAGCCGGAGUUUGUGAUGACAGACUUUGCUAAGUUCGAGCGUCCGGGACAGCUGCACUUAGGCUUCCAGGCUGUCCACGCCUUCCAGAAGAAACACAGCAGACUUCCUACGCCUUGGAGCCAGGCUGACGGUGAGGAGCUAGUGGCACUGACCAAGGAGUUGAACGCUGCUCAGGCCGGAGCAGCCGCCGUGGAGCAGCUCGACGAAGCCCUCCUUAAAAAGAUGUCGUAUGUUGCCGCUGGUGAUCUGGCCCCAGUCAACGCCUUCAUUGGGGGCCUGGCUGCACAGGAAGUGAUGAAGGCCUGCACAGGAAAAUUCAUGCCUAUAAUUCAGUGGCUGUACUUCGAUGCCCUGGAGUGCCUGGCUGAAGAGGAAGGAGUCAUGCUUACAGAGGAAGAGUGCGCUCCUAGGAACAGCCGAUAUGAUGGGCAGAUUGCUGUGUUUGGCACCAAACUGCAGGAUUUGCUUGGCAAACAGCGCUACUUCUUGGUUGGAGCUGGAGCCAUCGGCUGCGAGCUGCUGAAGAACUUCGCCAUGAUUGGAUUGGCCAGUAGCGAGGGUGAAGUCAUUGUGACUGACAUGGACACGAUCGAGAAGUCCAACCUCAACAGACAGUUCCUCUUCAGGCCCUCAGAUGUUACGAAAAUGAAAAGUGACACGGCCGCUGCUGCAGUGAAGCUGAUGAACCCCUCCAUCAGGAUCACGGGCCACCAGAACAGGGUGGGCCCAGACACCGAGAGGAUCUACGACGACGACUUCUUUGAAAGCCUUGACGGAGUUGCCAAUGCACUGGACAACGUUGAUGCACGUAUGUACAUGGACCGGAGGUGCGUCUACUACCGUAAACCCCUACUUGAAUCAGGAACUUUGGGGACCAAAGGCAACGUCCAGGUGGUGAUCCCCUUCCUCACAGAGUCCUACAGCUCCAGUCAAGACCCGCCAGAGAAGUCCAUCCCCAUCUGUACUCUCAAGAAUUUCCCAAAUGCUAUUGAACACACACUGCAGUGGGCCCGUGACGAGUUCGAGGGACUAUUCAAACAGCCACCAGAGAACGCAAUGCAGUAUCUCACAGAUCCUAAGUUCAUGGAGCGUACCCUGAAGCUGCCCGGAGCUCAGCCUGCAGAGGUGCUGGAGGCCGUUUAUAAGAGCCUCGUCACAGAUUGCCCUCGCAGCUGGGCCGACUGCGUCGCCUGGGCUCGCAACCACUGGCAGUGCCAAUACAGCAACAACAUCCGCCAGCUCCUGCACAACUUCCCUCCAGACCAGCUCACUAGCUCAGGUGCUCCCUUCUGGUCUGGACCAAAAAGGUGUCCUCACCCUCUAGAAUUCAGCACCAGCAAUGAGCUCCAUAUGGACUACGUUUUGGCAGCCGCCAACUUGUUUGCUCAGACAUAUGGCAUUCAGGGCAGCACCGACCGCGCAGCUCUGGUCAAGAUCCUGCAGGAUGUCAAGGUGCCAGUUUUUACUCCCCGUUCAGGGGUGAAAAUCCACGUCUCUGACCAGGAUCUGCAGAAUAGCAAUUCCUCUCUUGACGACUCAAGACUGGAAGAGCUGAAAUCUCUGUUACCUUCAUCCGAGUCUUCCCAGUUCAAACUCUGCGCUAUUGACUUUGAGAAGGAUGACGACACCAACUUCCACAUGGACUUCAUCGUGGCCGCCUCCAACCUGAGAGCAGAGAACUACGACAUUCCCCCGACAGACAGACACAAGAGCAAACUGAUUGCUGGCAAGAUCAUUCCAGCCAUCGCCACGACCACCUCGGCAGUGGUGGGCCUGGUGUGUUUGGAGCUCAUCAAGAUCGUCCAGGGACACAAAAAGCUGGACUCCUUCAAGAACGGCUUCAUGAACUUGGCCCUGCCUUUCUUCGGCUUCUCUGAGCCCAUCGCCGCUCCGAGACACAAGUACUAUGAAAUCGAGUGGUCGCUGUGGGACCGCUUUGAGGUGACGGGCCAGCAGCCCAGCGGGGAGGAGAUGACACUCCGGCAGUUCCUGGACUACUUUAAGAAUGAACACAAGUUGGAGAUCACCAUGCUCUCUCAGGGUGUGUCCAUGCUGUAUUCGUUUUUCAUGCCUGCUGCCAAACUGAAGGAGAGGCUGGACCUACCAAUGACUGAGAUUGUGACCAAGGUGUCCAAAAAGAAGCUGGGCAAACACGUGAAGGCCCUGGUGUUCGAGCUAUGCUGUAACGACCUUUCUGAUGAGGACGUGGAAGUGCCCUAUGUCAGAUACACCAUCCGCUGAGCUCCACUCCGAGCCCACCCACAGGAGAAGUGGAACUUGCAAGGGGGAGAAUUUGGUGGGGGUUGUUUUAAAAGGGGAUCGGGGGGGGGUGGGGGGGGGGUGAGUUGAUCCAUGUCAGCUGUAUUGGAUCAAUCAGUUUUUUUAGGCCUGUGGUUUGUGUAAACCUUUGCCUGAGUGUACAUAGCCCCAGUAAGCUGACCUGCGGAUACCUGUACGUGUCCGGGAUCCAGUUGGAGCUCGGGUCUGGGAACAGGAGUGUCCCCCCGCAGGGAGGGAGCACGUACACUGGAAGCCCUGGUUUCCCCUCCAUUAGUAGAAUCUCUCCUCUCACUUAAAAUAAGCCUUAGUGGUCUCUUGGUACUCCAUAAACCAACCAGUGUCCCUCUUAACAGACAUCUUUACUCGCCUUAAGCAGUACUAGAGGGGUCUUCAUGUCCAGCCCACCGUCUCCAGUCCACCUGCUCCCUCCUCUGACUCGGUCCCAACCUCCUGGCACACUGUACCAUUUCUUUUUAAGAUGCACCUCAUUAAAUCAAGUCCAACUCCAAAAAAAAAAAAAAAGGAAUCGGAAGCUGACGGCGUUUCCCAUCUCGCGUCGGCAGACCGCCCCCCUACACCCUCAUCCCCGCACUCUGGUUCGGAGCGGCUCUUGCACAUGACAUUGGUUUUCUCAUUAUUCUCUUUCUAUUUCAUGUGUUUAUUUUCUAUUUUAUUUCGAGUCGGGUGGUCGGACUCGUUUUGGCACACACCUGGUAGUUCAUCAACCGUCUUUCUCUCCUUUAACUCCAAACGACAUUACGACAUUACAACUUAAGAGCAGGAAAAUGAGAUGUAUCUUGGAAUGGGAGCACUUAGUGUGAUAGUGAAUAAAC